AUGGUAGAGGCCAAACACUACAUCAGAAGGACAUUACUGGAAGCCAAAACUCGUAGUUCUCAGGAGAUCGUGGUCUGCAGCAGCAGCAACAAGCAGCGCAGCAUCUGGGACGAGCCCAUCAGGUUCAGCACCAAGGCCAAGGAUGCCUGCACCAUGGUCAUCUCCGACCAGGGCGACUUCACCAAGCUGCGCAUCUCCUGCAAGAACAAGGGCAAGUCCUACUGGUGCGACUUCCUGGGCAAGCCCAAUCACUGCCGGGCGUACAACAUCAACCCACGCCACUACUUCACCCAGAUCAUGUGGGAGAUGCGUAAGCUGCCCAACGCCUGCCAGGGCCAGCGUGCCUACAAGCCCCUCAUGUGCAAGACUGCCAACGACGACACCCAGAUGGUCUUCCACACUUCCUGGCCCAAGAUGACCACCCCUCGCCCAUCUCAGCCUGGUCAGGACCGCCAACAGCAGCAGCAGCAGCAGCAGCAGAAGGAGCCCACCACCAAGGCUCCAGUUCAGAAGCAGCAGAAGCCCCAGCAGGCCAAGCCCGUGAAGCCCCAGCAGAGCAAGCCCGCCAGCAAGCCCGGUCAGCCCAAAAAGCCCACGCCCAAGCCCAAGAGCACUACGGCCAAACCCACACCGUACGGUGAUAACAAAGCCAACAAGAUCGCUCAGGAGUACUGCUGGAAGAGCUUCCAUGGCAUCUGCUCCUACUUCAUCGGCUGGUUCCAGAACUAA